GUGGCCUGGAUUUGUGAAAAAACAGUAUUUCCUUUCAUGGAGAUAAAAACAGACCUUCCAGACCCAACCUACAUGUUCCGAGAGCUGUAUUCACAGAUAAGUCUUUCUUCAGCUGGAAUUCCAAGUGAACAAGUACAGAAGGUCCUUGUCAGACUUUUAGAUUUGGGUACUGAGCACCUGGAGAAGUUACUUGCCUUCUUAUUUCUAAAAAUAGAGGAGAAUGAGGAAAAUGAAGUCGUCUUCUGUUGGCUUAUUGGAGUCCUGGAAGACCUAGUGAAGUCUGACCUUCCUUCAAUGAUUCCCAGUGUGAUGAUAGACUUGCAGCAUGCUUUAUGGCCAUGGCUUCCUAACCCUAGCUACAAGGUUAAAGAAGCCAUGGCCAAGCUCAUCCUUACUCUGGGAAAGGGGGGUCACCUGUGUACAGACAGUGCAAUAGUCUUAAUCCGCUUCCUCAUAGAUGAAUGUGUGAAGCCACUGGAUGAUUCAAUUUCAGAUGAAACGGAGGUUAAUGAUGAAAGGACAAAACUGAAAACAUUAUGUUUGGAAAUCUUAACUGACUGUGUCCAUAACCCCUGCAUGGCCAAGCUCAUGUGGCCAAUGCUCCUGGAAUACAUAGUCCCACAUCAAUAUGCCAGCAUCUCCCUCAUCCUUAGCUUUGUGCUCUACCUGGCUGAGAAGCUUCAACAUGAAGAGCAGAAUGCCCUGGACAUUAACUAUUCUGAAUGCUUACUUGGAACUAUUAUCAUGCCUACAGGAAACAGAAGGACUCCAACACCUCAGUUCCUCCUCUUGCAACUCAUGGUACUUUCCCACUCUACUAAAGUGAGCAGGAAAAAUCGGAGAAGUGCCCUUCAGAUCCUUUCAAUUCUCCAUCACCAAAUCAACAAGCAGCUGGGGAAGGGAUGGAUUCUGAAGAUUGAGACCCUGCUAAACUACCUGGAAGGUGAUGGGGCAUGCUGCUGUCAGAAAUUCUGGGAGGAGAAGAUAUUGUUGUUUCUUGAUUAUACACUCCAAUGUAUAACAAAGCAGAAAUGGAUCUUCCACUUCUUAGAGGAUAUCAUCGCUCAGCUGCGCCUUGGGCAAGGAUCUCCCAAUGAGAAGAGUUUUCUCUACCAGUCCUGGGGAAUUGCUCAGAAGUUAGUAGACCAUAAAAGCAGUGAGGAUCAUCUAUGGACUUGCCUUGAAUCCAUAAACUGUGAAGAAAAAGAAGAAUGUGAGGGAUUUGCUCUUGGAGUAGGGAUAUGGGCUUCUGGCCACCUCCUGGAGGCACUGGAUAACUUGGAAAGGAUGGGAAAGCUUAUUGAAAAGUUGCAUUAUGGAAAGCUGCUGUACUACCUGGAGGUGCCUACUUGCAAGGAAAUGACUUGGCUCCUACUUCACAGUUAUCAGAAGGUGCUUCUCCUAGUCCCCAAAGAGAGGCUACUUCCAAUUGUGGAGACCGAAAUCAUCGAAAAGAUAGUCAAAUGCUUUGACACCAGCUGCCCAGAUGUACAGAUCAGAAGAGAAUUUAUUCAGUCCCUCCUGAUGGCUGGAGAAAUAAUGGCCCGGGGAAAGAGAUUCUUUUUCAAAACAAAUUUGAGGAGGGCAGCAACAGAUCAUUUGUUGCAAAUACUGGCAGCAGAGUCCAAGGAGAACCCAGACACUUCAUUGUGCCCAGAUAUCAUGACAGCUCUGUCUUACUUGGGGGAACUGUACCCACCCUUGAAUGAGGAAGAGAUAGACUUGAUCAUCAGUCGCUGCCUCAAAUGUGUGUUCUCAUUGCCACCUACAAAUGAUUCAUUGAAAGGGAAAUCACCAGUAAGGAUGCCUGUGAAAGCCCUGAGCCAGAAAAAGAUUGAGGCCUUGGAUAAUGUUAUAAUGACCAUUCUGGAAAGUCAGCCAACUCCAGAAAUUACAUUCAGGAUAUUCAAACACCUUUCCACGUGGUUGGGAUCAGAGAAGCCAGUGCUGCGCAUGGGAGCAGUAAGAUUAAGCCAGCUGCUCUUCUCUUUCUAUUAUACAUCUGAGCAAUGCAAGAGGGCAAUUCUGAAGUUUUGUCAGGACAAAGUUGGGAAGUUCGAAUUCUCCCAUGUCUUGGCUUCUUUGCUGGUACCCUGGUUCCCCGAUGCUUUGACCAACUGCUAUCCAUCCGCAAGUGGGCUUCUAACACUAUCACCUCUGUGCUUCAAGGAAAUCAGAAUAAUAUACUUUCAGCAUUUAGCACAAUGCCUGGCACAUAGGUUCUCAGAAAGUGAAGGCUACAACCUGAUGACCAAUGCCCAAGAAGCAGAAACUUCUAACCUCAAUCCCAUUGACAUUGCUAAGCUCAUUUUUAACCACCUGCCACUGGGGGAGCUGCUGACCUUUCUGUAUACUGCCUCUGAUGGGAUAGUGGAUAGAGUCACUUGCCCUCAGUCGAUUGUGUUCGUGUUGAGGAUGGUGGUAGAGUUCAAUGGGGUCAGAGUCAAAGACGAGAUCCCAGGUCUUCUUACCAUCUUGGUGGAAAUGUUGCAUUCCUUAAAGGACGAAUUAGUACGAAGGGAACUUACAGCUACAAUCCAGCAGCUGACCAAGCUGGAUCCAAAAACUGUGGUGCCCUGCCUCCUGAAAAAUCCACUUCCCUAUGACAAGGAUAUCAGAGAGCUGUGGAGGUUGUUUGGUAAUGAUGCUUGCCUUGCGAUCUUGGUGUUACCAGUUCUCCUCCACUGUAAAACAGGCCAGAGAAAGGAGACAAAGUUAAGGCUUAAAUCUCAGGACCCAAUCCCUCCUUUUCCCAAGGAAAUACAGGCUUUAUGGGAGGUCACUGCAGCACUGGAGUUUAAGGAAACUCUGGAGGGAUUAGAGGAUAAACUUUUCACCACCUAUUUCCUCUCCCUUCCACAUCUGAGCAAGGUGCAAGAUUCUGAAUCCAAGGCCCAGAGCUCCAAUGAACUAGCCUCAUAUAGCUCCAUGGAAGCUGGAUUUAAGAACUUUCUGGAACUCCAGGGAUUCCACAGUGCUGUGGUUCAAAUGGAAAAUACACAAGUUUGGAAAUUCCUUCGGAAUGCCCAGUUUGUACACAUUGGAGUGAUCCAUUUGUGCAGAUCUUUGGUUCAAUUCCCUGAGAUCUUAAAUCACAAUGUUCUACACAGUCUUUUGCCUUUCCUUAAGUCAGUUGAACAUGAAUACAGAAUGGUCUGCACUGCCCUGUUUUCAGAGCUUUUAGGUUGCCAGGAGAUGGGGGCACUGGAGAAAAACUCAAUGAACAUAGCCCUGAAAUUAGAAAUAGAAAGAACCAAAGACAUCAAUCCUGUUAUUGGAUUCCUUGCAGUGAGAGCAUUAGGGAAUGCUCUUGUUGGGUUACCCAAGGAGGAGAUAACCACUAUCCGCCUGGCUGCAGUCACUCUUUAUGGUCACCUUCUCUGUUUCAUCAAUAAAAAACCUGUGUUUGUGGAUCAAGUAGAGAAAAGUUUGGGUUCCCUUCUGAUCCUUCUUCAAGACAAUGACCCCCGAGUCGUCAAAAGUUCCAGAAUUGUGCUUAGGGAUUGUUCUUCAUUUCUCCGAUCAGAACCACUUAGGGAAUUCCUGAUGAAUCUUCAACCUGAAGAAGAAAUCAACUUCCCCCAAUUUUAUGGUAAAGUUUACAACCUCCUGAUGGAGGAGUGCUCAGACAAUGAAGAUGAAACACUGAUGUCAAAAGCAGCAUCAGCCGCUGAGAUCCGCUGCUUCAUGGAGCAACAGGAUAUGAAAAUCAGCACAUCUGGGAGUCCAAAGGAGUUCUUGCACCUGUAAGUUCUUGUAUCCAGGAGGCUAAAUUCCUGAUGCUCAAGCACAUACAGAAAACCUUCGUCAAAUCCUACUUAUCUGUAAUUGCCGCUAUUUUGAUCCAGGUUGGGCUCAAGUUAAGUUUUAU